UGAUCUCACGUCCGCGCCACCCCUCCUAUCCGCACAGCUCCGAAAAAAAACGAACCGCGCGCAGCCGAGCGCAGACGCGCGUUAAAAACAACAAACAAAAAAGAAAAUAUACAAAACAAAAGAAAAGAGAAGCCGCUUGGCCGAAAUUUGGCGGUGGAUUUCCCCCGAGCUGGAGCACCGCUGAGCGGCACAGCGCACCAUGGAAGAACUCACGGCGUUCGUGUCGAAGUCGUUCGAUCAGAAAAGCAAGGAGAGCAGCAAAGAGAGCAUCACUUACAGGGAAGUUUUGGAGAGCGGCUUGACGCGGGCGCGUGAGCUGGGCAGCCCGGAGACCAACCUGCAGGACAUAACGGAGGGGAACCACUGCCCGGUGCAUCUGUUCAAGGAGCAUGUGGAGCUGGAGAAGGACAAACUCAAGGACUUUAACGUUUCUAGAGCUGCGGAUGGAAUAUACGAGUGUAAGGAGAAAAAGGAGGACGUAAAGUCGGAGGACGAGGACGCACAGGGCAAACUGAAGCAGCGCAGGAGUCGCACGAACUUCACCUUGGAGCAGCUCAACGAGCUGGAGCGUCUCUUCGACGAAACGCACUAUCCGGACGCAUUCAUGCGUGAGGAGCUGAGCCAGCGGCUGGGACUGUCCGAGGCCAGAGUGCAGGUUUGGUUUCAGAACAGAAGAGCUAAAUGUCGAAAACAAGAAAACCAGAUGCACAAAGACAUCUUUCCCUUCUCUCCAGGUGUCAUUCUGGGCAGCGGCAGCCACCUCGACGCCUGCAGGGUAGCACCUUACGUCAACAUGGGCGCCCUCCGGAUGCCCUUCCAGCAGGUCCAAGCCCAGCUCCAAUUGGACGGCGUGACCCACUCCCACCCCCACCUGCACCCUCACCUGGCGGCACACGCUCCCUACCUGAUGUUCCCGCCCCCUCCUUUCGGACUACCUAUUGCCUCGCUGGCCGACUCGGCCUCCGCGGCGGCGGCGGUGGCGGCGGCUGCCAAAAGCAACAGCAAGAAUUCCAGCAUCGCCGACCUGCGACUCAAGGCAGGACUUCUGCAGGGCCAGUGGCUCAGUCCCCUCCAGGCACAGAUCACAUCCCACGGACCGUACAAACACAUGUGGAUGUCUGUCUGAGGGCCGGGACGGGACCCCAGACACGAAGACGUUAGAACAAACUCACAGGCAGCAGCAGGGCCCAAAGAACAGAGCCUCACUGACACCGCCCCGCCCCGCCCUGUCCUGCCCCGCCCUGCUCCGCCCUGCCGGCCUACCGCCACGUUCAGACUUGAGGAUUGGGGGUUGGAGGGAGGGGGGUCGGGGGGGUACACACCCAAGUCAGCAGCACCUUCUUAAACCUCUGCUCAAACUAAAACAUAAAAACAAAACACCGCCAUAUUGGUCUCCAGCCACUGUGUUCCCUGCUGCUGCCGCGUGCAUGAGGAGAGCUGCACCUGUCAUCACGCCGCUUUAAAAACAAACAAACAAACAAACACUGCCACUCAGCACCUGCACCGGUCAUCACGGUUCGACACUCUGACUCUGCGGACUUGUGCUGUAACAAAAGCAACAAACCCCCUUUUUUUUGCUGCAGAGGACUGAGUUUCCAUGUCUCCUCCUUAUGUUUCUUGUAUUCUGGGUAAAGAAGCGAAGACAACCUUUGCACUUCACCUCUUGUAACGCACGACGCUACAAGCAGAUACUACUUUACAAAAUGUGGGAAAGAAGGAGGAGGGGAUUUGAUAUCAUGUGAUCAGCAAAAUGGACAUUACCUUCUUGGAUAAAGGGUAUAACUGCAUUUUGGGUAUUUUUUUGGUUUUGUAUUUGUGAGAAUAUGAAGAAAGCAUCAGUCAAACUGAAAUGCAAUGGUGUGCAGCUUAAGUGCAAUACUGUAAAUAGCAAAAAAAAAAGAAAAAAAAAGAACAACAGCUAGCAGUUAAUCCUCAACCAUAAAGAGAACCGGUGAUUUUUCUCUCAUUUUUCAUGCACUGUUUAUGGCAGCAGUGGUGAAUUAAUUUGCCAGCUCCCCCGCUCCCUAAAAGCAGCGUGAUUUCUGUUCCGUUUCUGUUUUUCAGUUACAAAAAUGUCACAAAUUAUACAAAUUGUCUGAUUCACACACAUCAGGUGCAGUUAUUUUUUUUAAGUUGAUGUUGCAGAUUUUAAAGUUGGAGUUUCAGAGGAAUGAAUCAUCAAUCACCAAAUAAUGGCAGAAAAAAAAAUCCCUUCAUAAAUCAUCUUUGUAAUCCAAACCAUUUUUAAACAAAAUGAUUAUCUGAAUUCUGCCUGUUAGCUUUGCCACUUCAUCUGUCAUUUCCAAGCAGUUCGGAAUCAUUUUGCAAAUUGUGAAAAAUGUGUCGGCGAUUUCUUUCCAGAACCUUUAAAAACACUGCUGUCGGAGCUGCAGGGCCACAUACCUCCAACCACCUUUAAUCUCUUUGUCUCUGUCACCAUUUUAAAUUAAACAUAUGGGUGUUUUAUUUAUUAUUUUGUCUGAAAGUUUAUGAAAGAUGAAAUAGUUGAACUACAAGUGUACAUUUCUACAUGGCUUUGCUUUUUUGGGGGUUUGAAUUGGGAGGUGUGGCUGUAAUGCAUCAUUUGCCUAAAAUGUAGCGUGUCGGAGUUUACAGACACAGUUUAUAGGGACAGUUGAAUUUGACAAUAAUCCACAGAAUUUGUUGUACCCAUUAAAAUGACCAUUUCAUAUGCAAGCAUGCCAAAACAUUUGUCAUCUUAGUUUGUUCCCCCCUUUUUGAGUCACACAAUAUGAAUGUACAUCUUGUACAAGUAAACUAUCAAUAAAGUUAUAAAUAUUUGUACUUGAUUUUUAAAGUAUUUCAAGAAAUUUUACGUUUAUGAACAACAUUUUUUUUUCUGCAAAAAGCCACUUUAUAACAGCAUAAAAAGUGAAAAUUGUUAAAUUACAGGGAAGGAUUUAUAAUCUGUACAACAGAAGACUCAUUCGGUCUUUAGACACUUAUACCAGAUUAAAACAAAAUACAAAACAAAACACAAAGAAAGGGAAGAAAAAGACAGACUGUGAUUGAUGAUCCAAGAUCACACAUGCAAUUAUGGAAAGUACAAAAAAACAGUACUUUUUACAGUUAAUACCAACAAUGCGUCUCAAAAUGCAUAAAUGUCCAAAACUCAAAAUAUGCAUUUUAAAAUAGUAGUGUUCAGCCAGUGUUUAGAUUGUUAUUAGUCCAUACAACUGUUUAGAUUUGUGGACAGAUAUUUCAUCAGGUCAUAAAUACUUUCCAUUUUCUCUUCCUAUUUUAUCAGUUUGCCUCAAAACCUCCACAAAAGAGGUGAAAAAGUGUUUGAGAAAAGCACUCUAUUUUGCAAAUGUGAAACAUUUUAAAGUUACUCUCUUUGCUCAUUAAUGCAAAAAAAAAAAAAA